UGCUGCGUGGAUCAUAUUUAUUUUCAGAAAAGCUGUCAGACACUGAGACCGUCAGUUUUAGUUUCAUAUUCAUACAUAUCUGACGCAUAUAUUUUUAAAUAUAUUUUAGUGAAAGUUUAGUAGUAUUAGUUAUAUACAAACUAAGUUUAGGUGGAGAUGGCUGUUUCUAAAAAUUCGAACCCAUUUUUUGCUGAAGAAGAUGAGGAAGACUGCAGUUUUGAAAAGAAGGAGAAAAUCCAGGAACAAAUAUUUGCUUCAGAGGAUAGGCAGCUUGAUUCAACAAUGAGAGCCCUGCGCAGUAUUCAGGAAUCAGAGAUCAUGGGGGUUGCAACAGCCGAGGAACUUCUAAGACAAGGAGAACAACUGAACAACAUUGAAAGAAAAACAGAUGAAAUCAACCAAACAAUGACAGUCACCCAGAAACACUUAAAUAACAUCAAAAGUGUCUUUGGUGGCAUCAAAAACUGGUGGGGUGCUAAAAAGACAUCAACAGCAGCCAAAGAACCAGAAACCAAACCAAGCCGGUUGCAGGAGACGCUAGAGAAACAUAGAUCUGACCAGCCAGUCCGGAGGAACCCUGACACACGCGGGUUUUACCAGGAGGACGAUGACCUUGACGAAAACUUUAUGAAGGGGGCGAGGACUCAGCAGUACUUCAAACCUGUCACACACAGUGCUAGGGAGGAACAGCUGAAUGAAAACCUAGGUGAGAUAUCAAAUGGUUUAACAACAUUAAAAGGUCUGGCCCUGGGGCUGGGGGAUGAAAUAGAGCGACAGAAUAACCAACUGGAUCGUCUCGGCCCCAAAGUGGGAAAAGCCAACGACCAUCUGGAGCACCAGAACAAACAGAUGAAAACCAUCCUCAGAAAGUGAUCUGGGAGGGGGAUCUGAACUGUCCACUGGAAGUGGACUACCAAGUCAUAAUGAAGAAUAAGGAGUUUCUCAUCCACAAAACAGUGCCAACCUCUUUUACUGUGUCAUUAUCUGAGAAGUGCAAUGAAAUCCAAGAGUAUGGUUUAAGUUAUCAUCCAGAUCAUCCUGAUUUUUAUCAUUAUGACUUUUUAUUCACUUUGACUGUGUCUGAGAAAUGGAUUUUAUUUUCGUUGAUAAAAGUUGUAAAAUUGUAGAGAUGUCCAUUGCUUUGGCAUUUCAGAUAGCAUUUAAUUGGUGAACAUACGGGUAUUGAAAAUGUACAUGCAUGAAUAUGGUACUUCAAUAUAAAGAUAGAUUGUAAAACCAGAGUAGAUAUAUCUGCAAGAGAACUUGCAGGCCUUCUACAUUUAUCUGAUCUGCAAAACCUACUGGUACACGUACUGUUGCUCCAAUUUGUUCACAGCUUGACAUAGAUGUUGUUUUCUGGUAGUUGUGUAAAUGUUGUUUUUGGUGAUGGAAGAUGUGUCCUCAUUGGAGUGAUUGAUUUGUGAGUGUGUUUUGAAGUGCUUAAGUUAUGUACAAGUUUAUUAAAUAAGUAUACUUGUGAAGAAACGACUGUCUUAUUGUGUACAUUGUGUACAUCUUAUUUACGUUUCAGUUCAUUUUAAGUUUAUUUUUUACCCUCUACUUCCAAGCAAAUGAAGUCUGGGGGAUUUUGUUGUAAUAAUUAUGUUCACUUGUUUGAUGACAUGUAUGUUUGUUUUUAUGUUUUACAGUUGUCACUUUUUUUGUCCUUGAACUUCUUAGUUUUAAGUGUGGCAACUGAAAUAGAAACCCAUGUGCUCCAAAAAUGCUUAGUUUUUAGGCCCAUGUUCAUUGGAAAUUCAAAAAUGUGGACUUAAAAGCUUUUAGAGGUUAUAGCACUGUGAUGGUGCCCUGAAAGACAUGUAUGUAUUUGUACUGUUUUCUCUGUGUGUUAUUCCAUUUAUGUUUUAAAUUCAUUGUGCAAUCAGAGGCAUCAUUCCAAUGUUAUUUUAUUUCAUAAUAUGACAAAAAGAAUUUUUUUAAAAAUGCAAAUUCAUGUAACUUCAUCAAAUGUAUAUUUAAAAUAAAAAUCAUUUAUGAAUCAAGA